CCAGAAGUAGCUCCGAAUCACUUGCUUACCUAAUUCCGAACCUGCAUCCCGCCGGUUCCGAUCGAUGGCAUGGCUUUGCCGGCCCCACUCCAGGCCCUCCGUCACCAGUGCAUAUACAUGUAUAUAUCUAUCCCCGCCGUCAUCUUGACCUCCGGCUCCCAACGCCAAUUGCACCUUCGCAGACUAUGGCGCCCGCAUGGAAACGCUUGAUCCGCUUCGAGGCCACGGACGGACGUGUCCUGAGAGGCGAACCCAUGCUUCCUUCGGAGGACUAUGAUGUCGGGAAGACGACUGCCGAAACUGGCCUCUCAGCCAAGGUCAUCCAUGUAGUCAAUGGGGAUAUCUUCGACGAGCAGACGAGGGUCACGGACGAGGAGGUCACGGUGAAGCAGUUGCUAGGCCCCAUAACGCAAACCGAGGUCCCCAUCAUCCGCGCCGUUGGACUGAACUUCAUCAAGCACAUCAAGGAAGGGGGGCGGACGCUACCUCCGUAUCCCGCCACUUUCAUCAAAGCAAACACCUGCAUCCAGGACCAUAAUGCUCCCAUUAUUAUCCCCGCCAUGGCCCAAGACGAACAGGCUGACUACGAGGGCGAGCUGUGCUUUAUACUCUCGCGCGACGCCAAGAACGUGCCAGAGUCCGAGGCCAUGUCGUACAUCGGGGGUUACUUGUGCGGCAACGAUGUCAGCUCGCGGAAGAUCCAGCGGGACCCAAAAAUCGCCGGGACGGUGCCCCAGUGGAAUUUCAGCAAAGGUUUCGACACGUACGCCCCGUUGGGACCCAUGAUUGUGAGUCCCGCAUUGAUACCGGAUCCGGCAAAGUUGUAUCUCAAGACGAGGGUGAAUGGGGAGUUGCGGCAGAGCGAGACUAUGGACGACUUCUGCUUCAAAGUACCCUAUCUACUGAGUUAUAUGAGCCAAGGGACGACAAUCAAAAAGGGUACGGUUGUCAUGACGGGAACACCGAGUGGUGUGGGCUAUGCGAUGAAUCCGCCCAGGUUUCUGCACCCUGGGGAUGUAGUGGAGGUCGAGAUUCUGCCGCACAUCGGGACUUUGAGCAAUCCAGUCGAAUACGAGCAGAAUGGCCUUAUUGUGCCACCACAGCCACUAGCCUAAAGGGCCUUUGCAAUAACUACAGUUCGCAUAUUUCUAUCCGGACACAAUUCGUGACCUGUGUCCUAGACUAGUAGUCUCCGCUUUGUGCAGCGUUGUUGGUGGCAUUCGUGCGUGUUGCGCUUGGAGUUUGGUGAAGUAAUCUCCCGAAGCUACAA